AUGGCAAACAAUGCGCCAACCUGCCAUGCAUUCUCUUGGCUGUGGCUGCUACUGCUCCUAGGGCUGUGGUGCCUCGUCCUCUACUGUCCGAUGAUGUCGUCGGCGCUCGUCGUCAGGGAACUGCCGGGAUUCGACGGCCCCCUUCCCUUCUUCCUGGAAACCGGGUAUGUGGAGGUGGACGAGAGCAAUGGUGUGCAGCUUUUCUACUACUUCGUUCAGUCGGAGAGGGAUCCUGCUAGAGACCCGCUGCUGCUGUGGCUGCAAGGUGGGCCCCGGCUGCUCGGGGCUCUCGGGCCUUGUCUACGAGAUUGGUAA